AGGCGGGGAAGAGAGGCUUGGGCCGGAAGGGAGCGUAGACGGGGUCAACGAGCCCAGCCCCUACAAUGAGACUAGUCCAAGGUCACCGGGGGAAGGAGGAGCGGGGUCAGGAUUUGAACCGAGAUCUUCAGCCUCGGUCGAGUCGGGGAGGCUCGUGGCAGGUGCCCAGCGCGGGGCACCAGACCCGAAUUCUAGCCGCGAGGAUCUUGGCGCCCCGGCCCCCUCCUCCGGAGAGAAACGGCCUCAGGCCUCCUGUUUCAUUCAUUCCACAGACACUGCUAGAGCGCCGACUCUCUGCGGGACGCGCACGCCGGCGGCCCGGGCCUGCAAGUGUCUCCCUUCCCUUCGCUUAUGUGGCGCCGCCCGGCUAGGGAUGUCGUCCAGCCGCCAGCCCGCUCCCGAGGAUGAGCUGAAAGGUAAAUAUAUUGCUUCAACCCAGCGACCGGACGGGACCUGGAGGAAGCAGCGGAAAGUGAAAGAAGGUUACGUGCCUCAGGAGGAAGUUCCUGUGUAUGAAAACAAGUAUGUUAAGUUCUUCAAGAGUAAACCAGAACUACCUCCCGGGCUGAGCCUUGAGGCUGGGGUCCCAACCCCACCCCGGCUAGACAGUGGUGAACCAGGGCUUUCUAAGACUGCCAAACGCAACCUGAAACGCAAGGAGAAGAGGCGGCAGCAGCAAGGGAAGGGGGCAGUAGAGACCUUGAGCCGGACUCUGGAUAAAGUGUCAUUGCGGGAACCAGCGCAGCUGCCAAGUGUGCCCCCCGAUCCCCGAGCUACUACCCCUGUGACAAACCCCGACAAACCUGAUGCCCUUUCCGCCACUGAGAAAGCCAAGAAGAUCAAGAAUCUGAAGAAGAAACUUCGUCAGAUAGUGGAGCUACAGCAGCGGAUCCAGAGUGGGGAGAUCAGCCAUCCCAGCAAAGAGCAGUUAGAAAAACUGGCCAGGAGGGCAGCCUUAGAAGAGGAGUUGGAGGACUUGGAGUUGGGCUUAUGAGGCCCCUCAUGGACUGGGAAUGUGGACUGUAGGACGUUCUGUGACGUUCCCUCUGAGGGGCCUGGGGACGGUGGUGGCAGCAGCAGCAGCCAGGAGGGAUAUGCCCUGCUCUCUGCCCUCCUAUUCUUGUCCUGCCAUCUUUGGCCCAGCCUUUCCCUCCAGAGCCUCACCUCUCCAUUAAUCCUCACCUUCAGCCCUUACUUUUUGGACUCUACCCUUCCCUUUCCCUGUGUCCGGGAUCUCAGUGACUGUCCCAGGUACCACUCUUCCUGGCUUGGGGUCUUUCUUUUUUAUUUGGGUGGGUGGGUAGGACGGGGCAGGGUCUCAGGAAGGGCUAAACUUAGGGUGGGGAUGGGUAACUACAAACUCUUGGAUUCUUGGUUCCUGUUUAGUGUUUUGGGGUUAUUUCCAUUCUACCCCAUUCCUUUUUUCCUUUUUUUUUUUAAAAAAAAAAAACAACAAUAAGAUAAUAAAUCCCAAGUAGAGA